AUGGCCUCUCGAUCAUUGAUGCCUCUUCGGAGGUCCCUGGCCCAAUUGCCAGCUCGAGGGUCUCGUACCGCUAGGCGCCAUGCCGGCACGCCAUUCCGGGGUCUUUCCACGGCACAGAAACCCCAGAAUGCACCGCAGUUCACUGUCUGGCGGCCUUACUUGCGGCUUGCAAUUGGUGUGCCUUUCAUUGGUGCCAUUAUCUACUCAAUGAUGACUGAGGAAGUCACUGAAUUGGACUCCCCAUCCAUUGCUGAGCUGGAUGAAGCCCUGAAGCGAUCCUCAGCCAUCAAUGAGUCCUCCCCGAUGCGAUUGCGGAUGGAAAAACUCAUCAAAGAUGAGCAGCAGAAGAUUAUUGAGGAGCUCAGCAGAAUCGAUGGCAACCAAUUCCGAGUUGACACUUGGGACCGUCCUAGUGGCGGUGGUGGGAUUUCGUGUGUGCUGCAAGAUGGGAACGUCUUCGAGAAAGCCGGUGUUAAUGUCUCGGUGGUCUAUGGUGAAUUGCCACGGCCAGCCAUUGAGAAGAUGCGCGCCGACCACAAGUCCUUCGUGGGUGCGGACGUCGAGUCCCUGAACUUCUUUGCCGCCGGUCUCUCACUGGUCUUGCACCCACACAACCCCAUGGCACCCACGGUGCAUCUGAACUAUCGAUACUUUGAGACGUCCGAUCCCAAGGAUCCCAUUAACGGGGACAAGAACUGGUGGUUCGGAGGUGGCACGGACCUAACUCCAACCUACCUCUUCCCCGAGGAUGCCCAGCACUUCCACAAGACCAUCAAGGAUGCUUGUGAUCGUCACGACACCACAUACUAUCCCAAAUUCAAGGCCUGGUGCGACAAGUACUUCUACAUUCCCCACCGAGGCGAAUCCCGCGGCGUCGGUGGCAUCUUCUUCGAUGAUCUGGACGCCAAUUUCCUGCAGACUUCUGCCGGCUCUUCGUCCAACCCGCAGGAGACUCUGUUUUCUUUUGUCUCGGACGGUCUACGCUCCUUCCUUCCAUCCUAUGUGCCCCUUAUCGAGCGGCGAAAGGACAUGCCGUUUACUUCUGCUCAGAAGGAGUGGCAACAGCUGCGCAGGGGUCGCUAUGUCGAAUUCAACCUGGUGUAUGACCGUGGUACGAGUUUCGGCCUGCGCACUCCCAACGCUCGUAUUGAGAGUAUCCUGAUGAGUCUCCCCCGCACCGCCAGCUGGGCUUAUAUGGACCCGGUCUCUGGCACGAGGACGGAGACCACUCAGGAGGAAGAGGAACUGGCGGAAGAUAAGGUCAGCGAAAAGGAGAUCAUGGAUGUACUGAGACACCCCCGGCAAUGGGCAUGA